UAAAAGUCGGAGUUUUUUUUUUUUUUUUUUUUGUUCUUCUUUUCUUCAGGGAGGUGGAGAAGAAAAAGUAACCCAGACUUGUUUAUAGUUUCUCCGAUCUACUCUUGUUACCUUCAACUCUAAUAAUCUGAUUGCUUCUUCCUUUCUUCCUUCAAAACUUGUUUUUAUCUUUUGGAUUCUUUCCGGUCGUUUCUCGAUUCCGGUCAGAAUAAUUCAGAUCUGGGAUUGACUUGAGGUCUGUUUCUGUACCAAGGCUGUCUCUGGUUCUGAUUUUGGAUUCUUAGUUUCAACCAGGUAGAUGAUGCCGUUUCUACCCCAGAUUUCGUAGAGGUUGUUGGGUGUGUGGAUUUUAGUUGAACUUGUUCUUGGAGGGAUGGAGGACGUGGGUGCGCAAGUUGCUUCUCCAAUUUUCAUUCACCCAUCGAUUACGACCAGAUUCUGUGAGCCGCCGCCGGUGGCCAGGAAGAGGGAUCUUUCUCAUCAGUUUCAGGUUCAGACUCAGACCCCAACUUUGUACCAGCACCCUUCCCAACAACGGCUUGUUUCUGGAAUUCAGGAUGACUGGAAUCCGAACCUCUGGAAUUGGGACAGCAUGAGAUUCGUUGCUAAACCCCUGGAUACAGAGAUUCUUCGGUCUGGAACCUCAGUUGCAGAACAGAGAAAGAAAGAGGAGCCCAACAGGAAUGGGAAUCCUAUGGCGUCUAAGAAAGCCACUGUUGUAAACGAUGAUGAAGAAAGGCUGGAGUUAAAUCUGGGUGGGGGUUUGAAUUCUGUGGAGGAGCCUGUUUCCAGGCCUAACAAAAGAGUCCGGUCUGGAUCUCCCGGCGGUGCUAACUAUCCUAUGUGUCAGGUUGAUAAUUGCAGGGAGGAUCUCUCCAACGCCAAGGACUAUCACCGGAGGCAUAAAGUUUGUGAGGUUCACAGCAAAGCCACUAAGGCUCUUGUCGCCAAGCAGAUGCAAAGGUUCUGCCAGCAGUGCAGCAGGUUUCACCCUCUUUCUGAGUUUGAUGAAGGGAAGAGAAGUUGUAGGCGUAGACUUGCUGGACACAACCGUAGAAGGAGGAAAACACAACCAGAGGAUGUGACUUCACAGCUUUUAAUCCCUGGGAACAGGGAUAAUAAGGGGAACGGAAAUCUGGAUAUUGUUAACUUGCUGACAGCCUUAGCUCGUGCUCAAGGAAAAGAUGGGGACAAAAGCAUCAAUUGCUCAUCUGUCCCAGAUAGAGACCAGCUCAUUCAGAUUCUUGGUAAGCUAAAUUCCUUACCUUUGCCAAUGGACCUUGCUGCAAAGUUGCCCAACAUUGGAAGCUUAAAUGGGAAGAACAUAGGGCAACCUGGGCCAGGCAAUGGUAACCAGUUAAAUGGCAAGAACACAUCUUCUCCAUCUACGAUGGACUUGCUUGCAGCUCUUUCAGCCACUUUAGGUGCGUCAUCUUCUGAUGCUGUUGCAAUUCCUCACGGAAACUCUCAGAGAAGUGAUAGUGAGAAGUCCAGGUCAACCUGCCCUGACCAAGCAGCUUCUCCCAACUUGCAAAAGAGAUGUCCGCUAGAGUUUGCUUCAGUUGGAGGAGAGAGAAGUAGUACCAGUUAUCAUUCUCCAGUUGAAGAUUCAGAUUGCCAGAUUCAAGAGGCCCAAACUAAUUUACCGUUGCAGCUAUUUAGCUCCUCACCAGAGGGUGACAGUCCACCAAAUCUGCCAUCUUCUAGGAAGUACUUCUCCUCUGACAGCAGCAAUCCCAUGGAGGAUAGGUCACCAUCAUCUUCUCCUGUUGUGCAAAAGUUCUUUCCAGUGCAUAGCAGAGCAGAAACUGGGAAAUAUGAGAAGAUGCUGAUCAGCAGAGAUGUUAAUGCAAAUGCUGACAGAAGCAGGACUCACGGUUCUAUCUUACCUCUUGAGCUCUUUGGUGGACCAAAAAGGGGAGUGGACCAGACUGAGGGAAGCAGGACUAAUGGUUCUAUUCUUCCUCUUGAGCUCUUUAGUGGGCCAAAAAGAGGGGCUGACCAGGGUUCCUUUCAGAGUGUUCCAUGUCAAGCUGGGUACACUUCUUCUUCUGGCUCAGAUCAUUCGCCUUCUAGUUUGAGUUCUGAUUCUCAGCAGGAUCGCACUGGACGAAUCAUUUUAAAAUUAUUUGACAAGGACCCAAGUCAUUUCCCUGGGACACUGCGAAGUCAGAUCUACAAUUGGCUAUCUAACAGCCCUUCUGAAAUGGAGAGCUACAUAAGGCCUGGUUGCGUGGUUCUAUCAAUUUAUGUGUCAAUGUCAUAUGCUGCAUGGGAGCAAUUUGAGGGAAACCUGCAUCAGCGUGUCAGUUUGCUGCUGCAAAACUCAGAGUCGGAUUUUUGGAGAAAAGCAAGGUUUUUAGUGCACACAGGCAAGCAAUUAGCAUCACACAAAGAUGGAAAAAUUCGCCUUUGCAAAUCAUGGAGAACAUGGACUUCUCCUGAGUUAAUCUCUGUGACUCCUUUGGCCAUUGUGGGUGGGCAGGAAACCUCCCUUCUAUUAAGGGGUAGAAACUUGACUAAUCCUGGCACCAAGAUCCAUUGUGCAUAUAUGGGUGGAUACUUGUCAAAGGAGGUCGGUGAGUCAACAUUUCAGGGAGCCAUAUAUGAUGAGGUAAACAUGGUUGGUUUUAAAAUCCAAGCUUCAUCAUCAAACGUUCUUGGUCGUUGUUUCAUUGAGGUGGAGAAUGGUUUCAAGGGAAACAGUUUUCCUCUAAUAAUAGCUGAUGAUAGCAUUUGUAAAGAAUUGAGACUUCUUGAAUCCGAGUUUAAUGUGGAGGCUAAAGUAUGUGAUAUCAUUUCUGAAGAUCAUGCUCUUGAUUCUGACCGACCCAGAUCGCAGGAGGAAGUUCUUCACUUCCUGAAUGAACUUGGAUGGCUGUUUCAAAGGAGAAGUACUUGUUACUUGCCUGAGGGUUCUGAUUAUUCCCUUAGCCGGUUCAAAUUUCUACUGAUAUUCUCUGUUGAAAGGGACUAUUGUGCCGUGGUCAAGGCUUUGCUAGACAUCGUAGUGGAAAGCAACUUGGAUAUGGGUGGCCUAUCUAGUCAGUCACUUGAGAUGCUUACUGAGGCUCAGCUCUUAAGCCGGGCAGUUAAAAGGAAGUGCAGGAAGAUGGCUGACUUGCUUAUCCAUUAUUUUCUGAGUAGCAGUGAUGAUACAUCGAGAAUAUAUAUCUUCCCACCAAAUCUUAAAGGACCUGGUGGAAUCACACCUUUACAUUUGGCUGCAUGUACAUCGGGCUCAGAGGAUAUUAUUGAUGCAUUGACAAAUGAUCCACAGGAGAUUGGAUUAUCGUGCUGGCAUUCACUUCUGGAUUCAACAGGGCAAUCGGCACAUGCAUAUGCCUUGAUGAGGAAUAACCACUCUUACAACAAAUUGGUGGCUCACAAACUUGCUGACAAAAAAAAUGGUCAGAUCACAAUUGCAAUUGAGACGGAGCACACAGGACGAGGGAUUGGUUUGCAAUCCGGACAACAAAAUAGAUCAUGCACAAAGUGUGCAAUUGCAGCAACAAAGUUUAACAAGAGGAUACCACGUUCUCAAGGCUUGCUUCAACGUCCUUUUGUUCAUUCAAUGCUGGCUAUUGCUGCUGUCUGUGUUUGUGUCUGCCUGUUCCUGCGAGGUUCACCAGACGUUGGCUCUGUUACUCCCUUUCAGUGGAAAGAUUUGCAUUAUGGCACAAUUUAGUAAACAGGUAAAUUGAUUGGUGGAAGUAACAAAUAAGGGAGCAGUGGGUGCUGCAUGGUCAGCCAGAUUUGAGUUGGUUCGGUUAUAUUGGAUAUAUCAGUUAUAUCAGUAAAGCAAAAAACUAUUUUUGAGCAUCUAUACAAACAUUAAAUGAGGAGUGUGGGGUUCGAUAAUAGCGCUAUUGGCUGACUCGAAAUGCUUUGGUAAGAUUUUGAAUCAUAUCAUUGUUGGAGGAUUUUGUGAAAGAUUGUUGGACAGUUGAAAGCUGUGGAGAGGCAAAUAUCUUAUAGAAGUAUGUAACAUCCAUUGCAAGUGGAAAAUGAAAGAGGUUUAGGGGUUAAGUAGUGGUGAGAAAACUGCAAACGAUUAUAGGGUUGUAAGAAAUUUAAUUUGGUUGAGUCUUUAGAUGCUUGUAAUUUUAAUUUUGAUUCCUUAUAAUCCAUGGAAUGGAAGCUAGCAGCAAGUCAUUGUAAAGUUGACCUUGUAUUUGUAGGAUGUCAAUUACAGAACUACAGUCAGCCUACGGUGUUGUACUAUUGAAGAAUCCAAAAUAUCCGUAAUUAAAUUAUGUUUUAAAGU